UCGAUUUUCGAUAAAUCGAUGCAGCAUAUAUGGCGGCGCCUACGCGCGGAGCCUGAAAGUGAAUAACCUGCGGUAAUUGCAAGUUGAUUAACGAGUUAUCAAUGCAAGUUAUGUGGCAAUCGCGUUAUCGGGAUAACGAGUCAUGUCAGAAUAGAUACCGGCUUCUGUGUUUUCUGCGACGACAUUGAUUCGGAUGUGUGUGUAUGUGUGUGUGCACGUAUUUAAAACCGGUGUUACGUGUGCAGUUUUAAAAUGAACGCCGAGGACGAAACGUGGUUAUUGUUAUUUCCAAUAUGUAUCAACGCGAUAAUGUCUGUGAGUGCGUACUAUUUGACUGUUCAACUAAUUCCGAAGAUAAAAUCCAUGUUUGUCAAAGCUAACCUCUACGGUAUUGACAUGAGUAAGAGGACCAGUGAUAAAGUACCGGAGGCGAUAGGUGUUGUUACCGGAUGUGUGUUUCUCAUAAUAAUGUUCCUAUUUAUUCCUGUACCAUUUACAGAUCAUAUACUUAAAAAUGAAAACUUUCCUCACGAUAAGUUUGUUGAAUUUCUGGCUGCGUUACUGUCCAUAUGUUGCAUGCUACUUUUGGGAUUUGCCGAUGAUGUCUUGGACUUACGUUGGCGACACAAAUUACUUUUACCUACUAUAGCAUCCUUGCCAUUAUUGAUGGUUUACUAUGUUAAUUUUAAUUCCACGGUAAUCAUUAUACCAAAACCACUGAGACCGUGGGUUGGUUUCUCACUGGAUUUAUGGAUACUUUACUAUGUAUAUAUGGGAAUGCUGGCUGUAUUCUGUACAAAUGCGAUAAACAUAUUAGCUGGGAUCAAUGGUUUGGAGGUUGGUCAGAGUUUAAUCAUUGCCACGAGCAUUCUCAUCUUCAAUGUUAUAGAAUUAUCUGGCAGUCAAUGGAAGGCGCAUCAAUUUUCAAUAUAUUUUAUGCUACCUUAUAUAGCAACUUCUCUCGCAUUAUUCAAAUUUAAUUGGUAUCCAUCGCAGGUUUUUGUGGGCGAUACAUUUUGUUACCUUUCGGGAAUGACUUUUGCUGUUGUUGGUAUCAUAGGUCAUUUCAGCAAAACGACUCUAUUGUUUUUCAUCCCUCAAAUAAUCAAUUUUCUAUAUAGUGUGCCACAGCUUUUUCAUUUUGUACCAUGUCCUAGGCACAGAUUACCAAAGUAUAAUAAAGAAACUGACAAAUUGGAGCCUAGCAUAACUGUAUUUAACAAAUCAGAACUGAACACAAUUGGAAAACUAUUAAUGUGGAUACUAAAAACGUUCAAAUUGAUAAAGUGGCAAGAAGAUGGAAAUGGUAUUGUAACUUGCAAUAAUCUAACUUUGAUCAAUUUUAUAUUGAUCAACACUGGUCCAUUAAAAGAACCGACACUAACAACGAUUUUAUUAAUAAUUCAGGUUAUUAGCAGUAUAUUGGCAUUUAUUAUUAGAUAUCCUCUGGCUUCCAUAUUUUAUGAUAUUUGAAUAAAUGUAAGAUUACAUAUAUUUUCUUAUGUAUAAAAAAUAUGAUGUACAUAUUUGAAAAAAUUAUACAUGAUCAUCUUUCUUUCUCUCUUUAGUAGCUAUUGCAAAUAUAGAUUUAUCAAAAUAUCAUAUUAUAGUUUAUAAAUCACAAAUUUAUUGUAUUUAUAUGUAUAUGAUCAAUAUGUAUAUAUGUGAUUAUAAUUCUCUUCUCUUUA